AUGAAUAAUUUUGGAUUUAAACAACAAAAAACUGUUAAAUUACCACUUAAAAUAGAAUUGAAUAAAGAAAAAAUAAUUAAAAUGGUACAAACAUUACAUCAAUAUAAUGAUAUUGAUGCAUCAUGGAUAUUUACAUUUGAUACUUAUGAUUUUAGACUUUUUGUUGGUAAUUCAGAAGAAAGUAUUAUUCACAAUGAUACUGAUAAAAGUAUAGAAUUAUACGUUGGAAGAGAAACAAGAAAUUCUACAAUUGCAUUUUGUGUUUCAGGAAAUGGUUAUUGUUUUCCUCCUUUAUGUUGUGUUCAAACAGAACAAAUGAGUAAAGAAUUAGAAAAACAGAUUCAUGGCAUUCACCAUGAAAUAGGAAGUAAUUUUAUAACAAAACAUUCAAUAAUCAAUUAUUUAAAAAAUAUUUUCAUUCCAACUGUUCAACAACUUAAAGAACAUAAAGAAUAUAAAGGUUCUUCAAUAUUAAUUCUUCCUCAUUUCUUUAAAAAGAUAAUUCAAGACCAAACUUUAUUCAGUCUAUUUAAUGAAAAUGAAAUUUUUAUAGAAUUUAUUAAUGAACAUUUAUGGUAUUGUACUCCUUUAGAACGAAUAUUUAGAAAUAUAACAAAUGAUAUUAUUUUAAAAGAUAUUGAUCUAUGUAAAACAGAAACAAGAAUAACUGUUUUAGGAAAGAAAAAAUUAUUACUUUAUUUCAUAGAUAGAUUAUGUAAUAGAGAUGUUAUUUCUAGAGAAUUUUUUAAUUCUAGAUUUAUUUAUGGUUUUAAUUAUCUUUCUAUUGAAAAUGUAGAACUUGAACUUUCAUAUAUUCUUAAUCAAAAUAAUACCUUAAUUAAAAUAAAUUUACCAUCAAAUAUAACAGAAGAUACUUUUAUAAAUCUUUUUUCAUUAAAUGAAAUUAAUCCAUUUUAUCAAGACGUUAUUCGACUCACUUUGAAUAGCAAUGAAUUUCAAAAAUGUCAAACAAAAAAACUCCAAAAUGAUUUUCUUAUUCAUAAAUUUGGAACUGAAAUUAUUCCAAGUAUUGACUAUUUAAUUCCACACGAAAUUGAUAUUUCUGAACCACAAAAACGACUACUUAGUAAAUAA